UACAUCGAAAAUAUGUAAAACUCUAUCGAAUUCAGUAUCCGAAAAUCAAUUUAAACAAUAUUGUAAGAACGGAUGGGAAUAUUUUGGAGGUUAUUGUUAUUAUUUCGAUGAAGAGAAGAUGACUUAUUGGCAAGCGGAAACGAAAUGCCAAUUUAAUGGUGCUCACUUGGCUUCUCAAACGAAUAAAAAUGAACAAAUGUAUUUAAAAUUAAAGGCCAACUCUAGCCAACUUUGGUACUAUAUAGGCUUAUCAGAUCGAAGACACGAAGGUGUUUUCGAAUGGGAAGAUGGAAUGCCGUUUGAUAGAACUCUAGAAGACUGGAAUACGGGUGAACCUAAUGAUUCCUAUGAUAUUGAAGAUUGCGUUAAUUUAUGGAAUGAAAUGGGAGUUUGGAAUGAUACUCCAUGCGAUUAUCCAAUAGGAUAUGUUUGUAAAGUUUUGGCUUUACCGACUACAAACAAUAUUGGACUGCACCAAAUAACUAGUCAAAGUUCCUCUAUUCAUGGUUCUUAUCUUGCAGUCGAUGGCGUACCGAAUACCUGUGCUCUUACAACAAAAGAAAAAAAUCCAUGGUUUAGAGUAGAUUUAACUGAAAUUUAUAGAAUAUAUGCAGUUGAAUUAAUCACUGGCGAACGUCUUUUGAAAAACACCGACAUUCUUGCUUCGUAUGAUAGUCUUGAAAAGAGAGUUUGUAAGAAUAAUAUUACAAUCGACUCUAUGGUGACAUUACAACAUUGUCCAGAAGAUAUGUUCGGUCGAUUCGUUAUUUUAGAGUCAAUUUCCGAACAAUUAAAAUAUCUUCAGCUAUGCGAAGUAAGAGUUUAUGGUAAAGGUACAGGUUGUGGUUUGCCUCUGGGUCUUGCAAGUGGUCAAAUAAAAGCUGUUCAAAUAUCAGCUUCUUCUGAAGAAGAUUCAACAACUCUUCCUUUUUUCGCCAGGUUGUAUAGAGGUGGCGGUUGGUGUCCUCAUUAUACGGACAAACAGCCAUAUAUACAAGUUAAUUUAAUUAGCAAGUAUAAUUUACAAGGAUUUACUACGAAAGGCUUGGAGUCUUCCGCCUUUUAUGUAAGACAUUUGAUAACUAUUAAAUAUGGAUUUUCUGUCGAGGAAUUACUUUCCAUCAAUAAAACUUACCUCGUGAAAUCCAGCCAUCACCUACAAUAUUUCAUAUUCCCAUUGGAAAUAACAGCAAGCUUUGUCAGGUUAAUGUUAAAUUCCACAGCUGAUAGACCAUGCCUUGAAUUUGAGCUAUACGGCUGUAGGAAAAUAGUAGAAUCAAUAAGGGAAAAUAAUGUUCAUGGAUAUCCAGCUGUACCGCUUAUAGCAUCACCUCCAAGCGAACGUCAUUGUUAUCAUAGACUAGACGCCUUCUCAAAUUUAUCGCCAAUAACAAUAAAGGAAAUAUACUAUUAUCCAUUUAUCGACUCAUUUUAUUUAGAAGUUUGGAGAUGGCAAGAAUUCAAUAUUACAGCACAAAGAAUUUCAGUAGUAAAAGUAACUGGUAACCAAGGAUACCGAGUUGUUAAUAUUACCUUAAAUGCUAACGAAUUUCUCGGAAUUUCGUCGCCAAAUGCAAUUUGUCCAAUUAUAUUUUCUCAAAAAAAUACUUAUAUUGAUUCAACAGAAAUAAAAGAAUACCUUCUAAUAGAAGAUAAUCCUAGCUUGUCUCUAGAUGUUUUCAACUCGUCAAAGACAAACUUUACCAUAUUAAGCGGUGUUCAAACGUUUAAUUAUCGUUUUACUAUUAACCAUGAUAACAAUUCUGGAGAAGUUACGAAUGAAUGCUCUCAAGUAGAGAUUACUAAGCCUAUGACAUUUACAUCACCCGAUUAUCCUAAUUAUUACGGAGGUCGUAGAAAUUGUAUUUGGAAUAUUAUAAAACCAAGUGAUAAAAGUCUAAAAAUUGAUUUUGAAGCAUUUAAUCUUUUCUAUAAAGAUGAAGAGGAAAAGUUUAAAAUGGGAUUUUGCCAAGAUUCUGUAACUUUAUACAGUGUAAUAAACAAUAGUACGGAUGUUGUGCAAUCUGCAAAUGGAAAUGCUUUUCCAUUGAUUAUGACUGACAUAGCCUAUAUAAGAAUCAUCUUCUCUUCUUGCGAACCUUUUAAAAUCGUUUCUAACUCGGGUUUUAAAGCAACUGUAUCAUAUACAAAUUGCACAGGAUGUGCCAUAGGCCUAAUGUCCAAAAUAAAUUACUGCCAAUCGGAAUGUGGUUUUUUAGCUUCAACCUUCUAUCCUCAUAAUUAUCCAUCGGACACAAACGCUGAAUGGAAUAUUCAAGUGGAACUCUACAAGUAUAUUCAACUUCAGUUUUAUCACGUUAAUAUGGAAUCUGAACGACCUGAAUGUCUUCAAGAUUAUGUUGAAGUUUACGAUGUUAGUUGGGAAGGAGUGGAAAAACUCAUUGGACGCUACUGCAAUGUAAAACAACCUCCAACUUAUUUAUAUUCAAGUUGGAAUAGAAUGAUAAUUCGAAUGAAAAGUGACCAAGCAUAUUCAGCAAAGAGAGGAUUCUUUGCCAAAUAUAUCACCUUCGAAAGCAGUCUUUCGGUUGAUAGUCUUCAAAAGAUUGAAAGAAACUCAACUCUUUGUCCUGGAAAUUGGAUUCAUUAUGAAAAAUCUUGCUAUCGUUAUCAUUCUCAAGAGACGACUAUGACCUGGAUUGAUGCAGAGAGCACUUGUCAAACUAAAAAAUCCCAUUUAUUAAGUAUUAUGAACGAAGGAGAAAUGAGCAUCAUACAUCAUCUACUUACUACUGAAUGGAGAAGUAACAAUACUAGAACCUUUAUAGGCUUGAACGAUAGGAAGAAUGAAGGUCAGUUCUGGUGGUCUGAUGGUCGACCAAUGGUAUUUACUGCAUGGGCAAAUACAUCAAUAACGGACAGAUCUCAACCAGAUGGUGGAUCUUUGGAAAAUUGUGCUGUUAUAGAAUUAAGAAACCUUUAUUCGACUAAUCAAUGGCACGAUGUACCCUGUUCAGUGAGCAACGUUAAACAAUUCAUCUGCAAAUUGGAUGAUUAUUCAUUAAGGAGAGAAAAAUUGGAUUUAAAUUUAAACUCCUCUCUAGUCAAUGAUUCUUCGUUGUUUAAAUGUAAUAAUUCAGAGUUUAUUCAUAUUUGGGCCGUCUGUAACGGUAAAAAUGAUUGUGUUGAUGGAUCCGACGAAAUAGGUUGUACUUUAGAAUGUCCCUCAUCAUUUUAUAGUUGCGGAAAUGGUGAAUGCAUUCCAUUCUCUUAUCAAUGCGACCAGAAAGAGGAUUGUUCAAAUGGUAAAGAUGAAAGCAAUUGCGUUCUCAAGACGUGUGAUCAGGACGAAUUUAUGUGUGUUAAUGGACAAUGUAUUAAGAACACGGACAGAUGCGAUAGAAUUGAACAUUGUAUGGACGGUUCAGAUGAAAGUGAAUGCGAUUUUUGUAUGCAACCAGACAUGUUUCAAUGUUUUGAUGGCGCUUGUCUUCCUUGGAAAACUCGUUGUGACAAGACACACGAUUGUGCCGGAUGUUCUUACGAAGAUGAAAUUGGCUGCUAUGGAACAGCAAUUUCCCUUUGUUCAAAUUUAGGAAAUGCCGUUGGAGAAGGUUAUCCGAGUGUUACCUGCUAUAUAAAUCAAACAAUAGAUGUUGGCCGUAUAGAUAUAGAUAAAGCAAUUAAAAUAAGCCAGGAUGAUAAUGAUACAAAUUCAAUUCACGUGGACGUCUACUAUCCAGCUUUCCCAAAUAACGAACUAUUAGUUGCCGCAAUGCAAAAAUCUAAAUCCUGUACUCAAACAGUAACAAUAAAACCUUGCGGUAGUGUGCAAAAAACAACUAGAAAUGGUAAUUGCGAAGAAACAUUUCAAGUGUCUAAUAGGCUAUUUAUACCAAUUUUAUAUAUAUAUCUAAAGACAACAAACGUGAGGUAUAAUUCCCUUGAAAUAGGAAAAUUAAUGUGCUUAGUCGAUCUGGGACAUGAAGAAUCUGAGAAAUUCAUUUGUAAUAAUUUACAGAAAGUUGAUAAAAGACAACGUUGUUUAUUCGAAUAUGAUGAGUAUAACAUUCAAAUUGGCUGUAGAGAUAUGUCUCAUUUAAUUGAUUGCGGUAAAGACAAUGUUAAACCGCAAAAUACCGAAUGCGGUAAAGAUGUUGUUGCUGAAGAAUAUCGGGGAACGUUAAAUAGGACUAAUACAGGUAAAUACUGUCAGAGAUGGGAUAUUGAUUAUCCUCACGCUCAAGACGUUAACGAACCAUCGAUGGUUAGAGAGGCAACUGUCUCGGACGCUCAUAACUUUUGUAGAAACGUUUGGAGGUUAAAGUCUCCCUGGUGCCAUUCCCUUAGCCCUGAUCAUAGAAGAGAAUUUUGCGAUGUUCCCGUUUGCAAGGAAGAUAAGUCAAUUACGCCUAUGACUUGUCCAAAAGACUAUGUACGAUGUCCCAACUUCUAUUGUAUUCCUCUAAGAUAUGUUUGCGACGGUGUUUGGCAUUGUUCAAACGGUGAAGAUGAGCAAAAUUGCGAUAACUACUCUUGUCCUGGAUUUUAUAGAUGUAAAUCUAGCCGUAAUUGCAUUCCUCCUUAUCAAUUAUGUAAUGGUAAAUUUGAAUGCCCAGAAAAAGAUGAUGAAGAAUUUUGUCAGACAAAAUGUCCUGCUCAUUGUAAAUGUAUUGGAUUAUCUUGGUUUUGUAACAUUCCAGUUGAUUUAAAUGGAAUUAAAGAAGCAAGAGAGUUCAUUAGACAAUUAGAAUUACCAUUUGUUGAUAUGAAUACUACACAGAAAGAUUUCUAUACUUUUCCAUUUCUUACUAAGUUAAAUUUAUCUCAUUCAAAUAUUCAUUUUCUGGAAGAAUAUUCUUUCACAAAAACUCCAAAUUUAUUCUCAUUGGACCUAAGUUGGAAUAGUAUUGAACGCUUAAGUUCCAAUACUUUCCGUGGUUUGGGAAGACUACAAGAAUUAGUCCUAACUGGUAAUCGUAACUUGAGAAUUAUAGACCCCUACUCUUUCAACGGUCUAAAUAGUUUGCCUAAUUUAUAUUUAUCUGGUUUAAAUAUUGAAAAAUUGCCAGAUAAUUCCUUUCAAGGACUGAACUCGUUAAAAGUUCUUGAUUUGGCAAAUAAUCGGUUGGAAUCAAUUUUUGAUAAUUCCUUCUUUGGUUUGUCAAAUUUACAAGAAUUGGAUUUAAGUGAUAAUGAUAUCGGAGCUGCUAAUAGUAAAACUUUCGCUCCAUUAAGUCAAUUGAUAAAGUUAACGAGCGAUGAAUUCCGCUUUUGUUGUUUAUCCCCUCAAGUUGAUAAAUCCAAUUGUAAACCAGCCGCAGAUGCUAUAUCCAGUUGUAAUGAUUUGAUGAGAGAAAAUUAUCUAAGAGCAUUUUUAUGGAUUUUCGGCUUAUCGGCUUGUCUAGGUAACGCCUUUGUAUUUAUCUGGCGAUUUAAAGAUAUGAUGAAAACACCAAAUUCAAUGAUAAUUACAAAUUUAGCUAUUUUCGACUUUUUAAUGGGAAUAUACAUGCUGAUAAUAGCAUCUGUUGAUAUCUAUCUUAAAGGAAAGUAUAUUGAAUACGAUAGUAUAUGGAGGAAUCAUUGGUUAUGUAAAACUUCUGGAUUCUUAGCAACACUCUCUAGUGAGGGUUCCGUUUGUACUCUGGCUCUUAUGACGCUCGAUAGAGUUAUCAAUAUAGUAAACCCUCUAAGUACAAAAAAAUUAACAACUAAAAGUACAAUUGUAACACUAUUUGGUGUUUGGCUAUUUGUUUUUAUUAUUAGUAUCCUACCACUCUUUCCGAUUGACUAUUUCGGGUCUAAUUUCUAUGGCAGAUCCGGUGUAUGUGUUUCACUACCAUUGACAGCAGACAGACCAGCUGGAUGGCAAUAUUCUGCAGCAAUAUUUCUCGGUUUCAAUUUUGUUUGUUUUGUGAUCAUUGCAGCUGGAUACUUCUAUAUGUAUAGAAUAAUUAAUUCAUCCAGCUCCAGUUUAGGAAGUUCUCAAAGAAGGAAUCAAAUUGCUGUAGCAAGAAAGAUCAUGUUAAUCAUUCUUACUGAUUUUGUUUGUUGGUUACCUAUAAUCAUAAUUGGUUUCGUUGCCGUAACUGGAACGGAGAUAUCGGGUGAUGUUUACGCUUUUGUGAUCGUAUUCGUUCUACCUAUAAACAGCGCCCUUAAUCCUUUAUUAUAUACAAUAAGCUCGAUUAGGGCGCCAAAGAAGAAGAUGCGAAAAACCAAAAACUCAACUGGACCAAAUUCUGUAACAAGAAUUACUACUUACGACAAUGAAAAACACAAAACAUCGAUGAUUGUCUUCUACGGAGGUGACGGCAAACAAUUAACUUUGAAACAAGUUGCCAGCUUACGUCAAACAAAAGUUGCGGGUCUAUUAAUAAUAGCAAUUAAACUGUUUAAGAUAAUUAAUGGUCUACAUAACAUAGGCUUAGUGCACGGGAAUUUUAAAAUGAGUAAUACAGCGAUAAGAAAGAAUAAGAAAAUUUAUCAAGUUGGUAUUCUUGGCUUGGAAAACGCCCAACAUAUACAAAAUGAAUUUGAUACAUCAGAAGAUAUAUAUGGUUUAAGUAUUGCACUCCGAUCAGCUUUGCAAACGUUUAAUAAAUAA